AGCUUAUGGCCCCUGUGUGCUCCCGCACUUGUCGGCAUGGCAAUCCCACGUGGGAGCAUGGAGACCUUCACCGAGCACUUGGAUGAAAUCUUCUACAGGAUGAAGCUUGAGAUCCUGAAGCAGCAUGAUCAUCAGGUGACGAUGCAGAAACUCCGGCUACGGGCGUUGCUAGGCAGAAGUGGCGAGUUCAGGCUGGAUAGAGCGCCUGCAAACCCUCGCAAGAUGAUCCAGCGAAUGAAGACCUCCGAUUUAGAGAAGCCGCCGUCCCGGCAAAACUUGAAUGGUGCCGCGCCAAUGGCCGGUGCAGUCAAGGCGCUGCAGGCAGCCAGUCGACUGAGCCAAGAGUCGUCCGCGUCGGAAAUUG